GCUGGGGGCAGUGACGGGUGUCCCAGGAUGGUGCCCCCCAGGCAGGGGGUGUUUGGAGCCGCAGGGUGACGGUGCCUGUGGCCGUGGGGUGACACCGGGGUGGCCCCAGGGCAGCGCUGCCCUCCCCGUCCCGCUCGUGCCCCCCAGGUCGGACGUGGUGGUGCUCUGCUUCUCGCUGGCCAACCCCAACUCCCUGCGGCACGUGAAGACCAUGUGGUACCCCGAGAUCAAGCACUUCUGCCCCCGCACGCCCAUCGUGCUGGUGGGCUGCCAGCUGGACCUGCGCUACGCCGACCUGGACGCCGUCAACCGCGCGCGCCGGCCGCUGGCCAAGCCCAUCAAGCCCUCGGACAUCCUGCCGCCGGAGCGGGGGCACGAGGUGGCGCAGGAGCUGGGGGUGCCCUACUACGAGACGAGUGUGGUGGCGCAGUUCGGGGUGAAGGACGUGUUCGACAACGCCAUCCGCGCCGCGCUCGUGUCCCGCCGCCACCUGCAGUUCUGGAAGUCCCACCUGCGCAAGAUGCAGCGCCCGCUGCUGCAGGCGCCCUUCCUGCCCCCCAAGCCCCCCCCGCCCCUCAUCCAGGUGCCCGACGCGCCCCCCGGGCUGGGGGGGGGCCCGGCCGCCCUGUUCCGGGCCCCGCUCUGCGCCGACGUGGCCUUCCAGCUGCAGGGCGGGCACCGCGUCUUCGCCCACCGCGUCUUCCUGGCCACCGCCUGCUCCCGCUUCUACGACCUGUUCACCCUCGAGGGGCCGCCCGGCGAGGGGGACGGGGGCACCCGCGACCUGUCGGGGUGGGGCCGCGGGUUCCUGAGCCUGCGCUGGGAGGAGGUGUCGGAGCCGGCGGCGGGGCGGGCGCGGCGCGUGGCGGUGGUGGCCAUGGACGGGGCCGUGCGGCCGGAGCCGCUGCGCGCCGUGCUCGAGUACCUGUACACGGGGAGGCUGGAGCGGCCCCGCGCCGACCUGCGCCAGGUGGGCGCCGUGGCCGAGCUGCUUGAGGUGUUCGACCUGCGCAUGAUGGUGGCCAACGAGCUCAACCAGGAGAGCUUCAUGAACCAGGAGAUCACCAAGGCCUUCCACGUGCGCCGCGCCAACCGCGUCAAGGAGUGCCUGGCCAAGGGCGUCUUCGCGGGUACGGGGGCCCCGGGGGGGCUGUGAGGACAGGGGGGUCCAUCCCCUCUGGCCAGUGUCCCCAUCCUGCGAUGCCGGCUUGGACACAG